AUGUCUCAACUCUCUUCUCUGGUACAAGAUCCGAACUGGAUCUCUAUUCCCUUCGCAAAAUUCUCUCAUAAUACCAGUCCCUACGGCACUCGCAAUUUUAUUUGGAGUCACGUUAGCCAGAGGAACGAUCUCGACUUGAUCGUUCGAAAUGACCGAGUGGUAGAUGAGUACGGGAACUACUCCAAUCGAGUUGUGUUGAAGAUUACUGCUGGCAUGGAUGUGUUGGAAACCCAAGAUUUGGGGGAGCUCGUCAAUUUUGCUCGCGAAUUUGACCCUUCUUCAGGCGCUGAACAGCCAGUCCAAGUUGUGAUAAAAAGCCCCUUCCUGGCAAUGAGGUAUCCAAAGACUACCAACACUGUUCGGCGAAUUCAACUGAAGUUCCGGAAUGACUCUGACUUCACAAAAGCCUUCAAUAUCUUAACUGGCUUGGGAUUGACCAUUACAGAGUCUGUACCCAGCGCUCCUCCCGCCUCUCAGUCUCAGCCAAGCAUGUCACCUGCGCCUUCAGUGAUCUCGGCAUCUAUAUCAGGCUCUGCCAUUGUUGGACAACCGUUACCUCUCCCAUCUACGCAGACUUCUUUGCAUACAUUCAGCAACUCACCUGCCCCUACUACGAGUUCAUCUCCAACAUCUGGAUUCAAGGUCCCCAUGCGACCCGAAACCAGGAGCUCGGAGACCCAAAGACCAAGCAGUGUACAAUCCUUUACUACCACUACUAUCACGAGACCAACUUCUGCAUCUACUACUUUCUCUGCGCCCACACCAUCUUCCUCUACCUCAACAAUGAACUCUCUCCAUGAUCCAAUAAGACAAUUGUCUUCGUUGCAUACUUCGCAGUUAAGGCAAGAACCUGACAGUCGUCGACUUUCGUAUCCCAUCUUGCAGAUGCCAAAUUCUAGUGACGCAACGAACGUUCCUCUGUUCAUAUCACAACUUCAGGCUCAGCGUCAAGCGGCCCCCCAUGUGAUUCAAUCUACCAAUGAUUUACUCGCUGUAUCUCCUUUCUUCUCUUCGCAGGGAUCUAUUACGCCUCAGAACCAAGCUUCAGCUAAACUUGAUCGACAAGAGGAUACCAGCCAAAUCUCGGGGCCCCUUGGUCGUGAACGGCCAGCUUCUACCCCACUUGAGUCUAGCGAUACCUAUAAUGCCUGGAUCCCACCGAGAAGGGAGCUGCCAUUUCCAAAUCUUCGGGGGAGUAGCAAAGACCUUCCUCCCCUCCCAAAGCCAACACCUGUCUCUAAGGUAGAUGCUACAGAGAAGACUACGGUGUUGGCAAAGAAAGAAAGCUCACCGCCUGUACCAAAGCCCGCAAAGAAGCGUGUAGCACAGCGCAAGUCAACUGCAGCGAAACCGCCUGAGGAGAAGUUGUUAGCUGAACCACCUCCCGUAAACAAGACUGCCAAAGAGCCCGAGACGGAUAGGGCAACAGGCGCGCAAGAAGACGAACCAUCCCCCCUGGCAGCGAAGAGCGCAGCAGCUCGUCCGCCAUCGGCAGCUUCGGGACUACAAUCGAAGGCAGCCCCCACCAAGAAGCGUGGUGCUGCUGCUGCUCCCGUACGCCCUUCGUCUUCUUCCAAGCGGCCAAAGAUGGUAGACCAGGGCACACAGACACAAAAGCUCUUAGGUCAUGACCAUACAAUAACAAUGAAACCAAUACCGAGUAAUGAAGUGUCAGUGCCUAUUACUGUGGAAGAGACUUCUCCUGCUCCACCACCACAUAAUUAUUUGGACGAGCUCGAUGCAUUCAUCACGAGACACAAAGCCCGGCCUGCUCCAAAGGAACUCUGGGAGGCCCCCCGAUAUGCAGAAGCCGAUGAAGAGCAACGUCAAUUGAUUCUUAAUGACUUCAUUUGUGAGAAUCUAGAGAACGAAGACUUUUUGCAACUAUGUGAGGAUACGGAGAAAGCUUGGCGGAGAAUCGGCCUCGGAAUGUGA